UACUUCGAGAGGAUAUGAUGCCUAGUGAGAAUUCCAUGAAUGCUAACAAACACUUCAACAAAGAAGUCUCUCCACAAAGGAACUCAAGCAAAAUCAACAAACUAAAGAAUGCAUUGACUGACAAGCUAGGACCUCAGUGGACAAAAGAUGAGCUUGAGUUUUUCUACGAAGCCUAUCAGAAUCAGGGCAGGGACUGGAAGAAGGUACGUUGUAUGCUGAACAAGGAGCUUCAAAAGCUCGAAUGCAGAGUCGCUUUUGUGACAGAUAUUAUGAAUGGAGAAUUCAGAUUUGACGUAAAGAGGAGUCGUGCCCAGCUUUAUGAGGAGGUGGAGGUAAAAUAUGAAGCAAUCGGGCGUGUCUUAACAGAUUAUAGGUUCCUAUUGGAUCUUCCAUUUAAAAGCUGCUGUCAAGAAGGUCUUCGGGACUUAGAAGAAGCUAGGUUAAAGAUGAAAGAAAGAGCAGAGAAGCUGGAAAACUGGAGAAUGACGGGGCAGAAAAGGGAAGCUGAGAAGAAAGCUGAUGAUGGAGCUUGCUGCAUGAGCAAAGUUCAUUGUGGGAUGGAGCCUAAAGAACAGGAGAAAAAGAUUACUGAAGCGCUGGUUGACUCCACUCCUCUUUAAACCCCCUCUCAUCUGCUGUAUCUUUGUUAGAGAAUAUCCUUUGUCUUCUAUUACAUUUCAAAAUUCUUUCAUUUCUUACUAAAUCCUUUAUUAUGGAUUUUAAAGUUCCUUAUAAAUUAUAAUGCAGCUUUAAUACAUAUGUGACACUUCUGAAAGGUAAAGAGAAAAAAAAGUCAUCCAAGAAAUAGAAUCCAUGACUCUUUUUUUUUUCUAACAAGAAGGUUAGGUGUAAUUUGAGGAACGUUUUGUAAAGU